AAUGAGAGGGGUGGGCAGAAAAAAGAUCUGAUGUCAUAUAUGAACGCAAGGUCAUUGGUGGAGCUGUCAUUCAAACUGUGAACAGAAGAGAGGGAACAAGAGUGGAUUAAAUAACUGGAAGACAGAGAUUAAGGACCAGAGGAUAUCAAAUAAGGUUUACACCAGAAAUUAUCUGAAGCGGAAUACACGGAGACACUAUGACUGAAAACGGCUGUGAGUACCGUGAGAGGGUGCUGACGAUGGACACUAUGAACCCGAAUAUUAAACGCGUGGAAUACGCUGUUCGGGGUCCCAUAGUCCAGAGAGCAGUUCAGAUCGAAAGAGAACUCAAAAUGGGCGUAAAUAAGCCAUUCACAGAGGUCAUUAAAGCCAACAUCGGCGACUGCCACGCUAUGGGCCAGAGACCCAUCACCUUCUUCAGACAGGUCUUGGCAUUGUGCUCUUAUCCAGAUCUUCUUGAAGACAGCAAAUUUCCAGAAGAUGCCAAAAGUAGAGCACACCGCAUUCUCCAAGCUUGUGGUGGAGGAAGUCUCGGUGCUUACAGUACUAGUCAGGGAAUUGAAAUGAUUCGGCAGGACGUCGCUCGCUACAUUGAACGGCGAGAUGGAGGAAUCGCAUGUGACCCUGACAACAUUUACCUCUCAACAGGAGCCAGUGAUGCGAUCGUGACCAUGCUUAAGUUACUAGUGUUGGGGGAAGGAAUGUCUCGUACGGGAGUGAUGAUAUCCAUCCCUCAAUACCCGCUGUACUCCGCUGCUCUGGCUGAGUUGGGUGCUGUGCAAAUCAGUUACUAUUUGGAUGAAGAUAACUGCUGGAGUUUGGACAUCAAUGAGUUAAGUCGAGCCCUGCAGGAAGCAAAGAAACACUGCAUCCCUCGAGCACUGUGCAUUAUCAAUCCUGGCAACCCCACAGGUCAAGUGCAAAGUCGGCAGUGCAUUGAAGAUGUGAUCCGAUUUGCUGCGACAGAAAACCUUUUCCUUAUGGCUGACGAGGUCUAUCAGGACAAUGUUUACGCAGACGGGUGUAAGUUUUACUCCUUUAAGAAGGUGCUGUCUGAAAUGGGUCCAGAAUACUCUGAGAAAGUGGAACUAGCUUCGUUUCACUCAACGUCAAAGUGCUACAUGGGAGAGUGUGGUUUUCGUGGUGGUUAUAUGGAGGUGGUAAAUCUAGACCCUGAGGUGAAAGUUCAACUCACUAAGCUGGUGUCUGUGCGGCUGUGUCCUCCAGUGCCUGGUCAGGCUCUUCUAGAUGUGGUGGUCAAUCCACCUCAACCAGAUGAACCCUCAUAUGGCACAUUCAUCAAGGAACGCUCAGAAACUUUGGCCACACUGGCAGAGAAAGCCAGCAUGACGCAAGAGAUCUUGAAUCAAGUACCAGGAAUAAAAUGUAACCCAGUGCAGGGUGCAAUGUACACUUUCCCACGUAUCCACCUCCCACCAAAAGCCAUCCUGGAGGCCAAGGAGAAGGGACAAUCUCCAGAUAUGUUCUACUGUAUGAAGCUUCUGGAAGAAAAAGGCAUAUGUUUGGUUCCCGGCAGCGGCUUUGGACAGCGAGAUGGCACCUACCAUUUCAGAAUGACCAUCCUUCCUCCAAAAGAGAAACUGAAGAUAGUGUUGGACAAGAUUAAGGAGUUUCACCAGCAAUUUACGGACCAAUACUCUUAACCCUGGCCAUCUCAUUUUCUUAACCAAAUCCCCAAUUUCACACAUAAAGCUACAUCACUUUUGAGAUGUGCUCUGGGUAAAUACCUGCAAUGCGAACGAAGUCCUAUCUCACAGCAAAAUGUGAGGUGAACACGAGUCAUGCUGAGAGGAUAAUAUAUAGUAGUCAACAUUUGAAGUGGAUCAAAAAAGUUAAUCAAAGUUGUCCUAAGAACGAAGUUGUCCUAAGAAGAAGGUUUUAGGACAACUUUGAUGAAAGGUUUUGAUCCACUUCAAAUGUUGACUACUGUAGUAUACCUCCAGCUUUGAGUGUAGUCACAGGCUCUUCCAUAAAUGGCAAUUUCAAAGGCUUUUGGGGACAAAAAACUAACUUACAUUUGUGGUGAACAAUUAAAAUAUUGAUGCUAUUUUACUAGUAAAAUUUUAACACAUAAUUUUCUAUUAAGAUUGAUUCUAUUAUUUAUUGAAUGUUUGUUUGCUGUAUUCUUACAGUGUUAAGAAAUUUAACAUUGUGAACAUGGAAAAGAGGAAUUUUUUGUUAGCAAAAAAUCUCAUUGUGCAGUUGGUUAAUAUAUAUGUGUAAACAUGAUAAAAAUAAAUUAAAUAUGAGGAAUAAAUUAAAUACUUUACAAAUAAUAUUUCUGAACUUGUGAACAGUGGUACGAACACACCACGCAUUGACAUUGCCAGCAUUUCUGCCACACUCUUAGGGGGAAAAAAAAAAGUUCAGUGGGGUUCUAUAUAGACCGCUAGAGUUCUUUAAAGAACCCUUUAGGCCAAAAAGGUUCUAUAAGGAGAAAUGUCUUAAAUAAUUGCAUAAUACUUUCAUGUUUAACAUAUUAAUUCAUUUUGUUCUAUUGAUAAAGAAUGUUUACAAGCUGUUUAAUUCAUAAAUGUAAUCAAAAUUAAUUAAAAAUAAAUAAAAUAAAAAAAUUAUCCCAUGAUGGGAAUGGGAACCAGAGGUGUAAAGAGUACCAUACUUGAGUAAAAGUACAGAUAACUUACAGUGAAAAUGACACUUCAAUAUGACAGACAAAUAAAAUAAAGUAAAAUUAAUUAGUGCCUAA